AUGGAUCAAUUAUUUUUUAAAGUUUGGAGAAAUAUUAUUAUUAGAAAGUUAAUAUUAUUUAACAUUCAAAACCAAUAUGUACCAUCGAUAAAUCAUUGUAUUGGUGAUAGAAUACCAUUUUCAAAAAUAAAUAAAUUAGGAUGGUUUUUAAAGUCAAAAAAAAGAAUACCAAUUUUAAUUGAUAAAUUUAAGUCAAAUAACCACCACUCACUAUUAAUAUCAAAUAAAGAUAUUUAUGAACUAUUUGAAAUAUCAAGAGAUGAUCAAGAUUAUUUUGAAGUAUUAGAACUGGUCUGCGAAAAAACAAUUGACAAACAAGUAAAAGAUUUUAAUUUUAUAUAUUUAUCAAGAAAAACAAGCAAUGACAGAGCAUAUGAAAUAUUUAAAGACAAGCUAAGAAUAGACCUAAAGACCGCAAAAGAAAAGUCAAUAGAUUUAAGAGAGUUGACCAAUAUUCAUCACUCACAUUUAGAAUUUAUAUUUUCAAAUAAUUUGGUAGAUUGGGAUUUGGCUUCUUUACAAAAGUUAGUAGCUGAACAUUACAACUAUUAUAGAUUGGAUCAUUUAGAAAAUGGCUUCUACAACAUAAUAUAUCUAAUUGAAAAUCACCUGAAACCAAACUAUGAAAACCUUCAAGCCUAUGGCUCCCAUUUAGAGAACAUGAUUUUAAAAACUUUAUUUAUAAAGCAUUAUAAACAAAUGGAUUCAAUUUAUCAACAGCAUAAAUCAACACUCUCUUUAGGCUUUUUUAGAAAUUUAAUUACAGAUACCUACUAUGGCCGUUUUACAUCCCCAAGCUCUUUCAAAUGUAAAAACCCUGAACGUAAAUUUGAAGCAACAAAAUUUUAUUUAAAAAACAUUACCUCUACAAACUUUCCAGAAAGCUCUUUUGUAUUUAGAUUUCAAACCUUUACUCCUGACCAACUAAACGAACUUUUAGAUACAGUAAUUGCCCAUCCACACUCUUCAAACUCCAUUCAUCAAAAUCGUAUCCAAACCAUAUUUUCUUGUUUUCACACAUCAGACUAUUUAAAUUCAUUUUCAAAUGCAUUGUACCUAUAUAACAAAAUUAAAAAAGAAGCGCCUCAAAUAGGUCCUUUCAAAAUAUUUUCAAAAAGUGUUCAAAAUGAAACUAUUCCAAACUUAAGACUAGAUCAAAUAAAAAAACUAUUGGAAAUUACAAAAGAAGAUAAGAGUACCUUAACGGUUUUCACAUGUCUUAAUUCAACUAUAAACCAGGAUUUUAUAUUUAAUAAAUCAAAUGAAAAUCAAUCACAGGAUGAUUAUGAAAAGCAAAUCAUUAGCUUUAUAGUGUACUUGGUUCAAGCAUCAAGUUGCCAAUAUUUUACUUUAGAUUUAAAAAGCUUAAUCAAGUACUCUGUUCAUUCGUUAAGUGGGGAUACAAAUUUAAACAAAGCAAUUCAAACUAUUUUAAACCACAGCGACUUUGAUUUAGAAACUAUUUUAGAAGAAAUAGACUACAAUAUGAAAUUCAUCCAAGUUGUGUUCAAUCAUUUUAUAAGCUACCAAGAACUAAAAUAUCCAUUAUGUUUUAAAAUUUUAGAAAUGCUAUUCAAUAAACCAGGGUACGAAGAACUUAAACCAAUACUAUAUGGUAUAUUAGAGAACCUUGAAAAGCAAUUGAAUUUUGAAGAAUUGGCAAUUGAAUUUAGUAUAAUCAAUAAUUUUGAACUGUUUUUACAUCUCAUCCAAUAUCGAGGAAACCAAGAAACCCCAAUAAACUUUAAAAGGUGGUUAAUUCUAUUAAAAAAUCGUCAAGAAUGCAUAACAGACCAAACAAAUUUUAUCAAAUGUUUAGAUUUUCUUUUAAAGCAACAAGAAAAGAUUAAACUAGAAGACCUUUUGAUAGAAGCAGAACUACUUGAUUCAAUUGAAGAACGAUAUGAAAAAAUCCUUAUAUAUUUAAUCGAAAACAAGAACCACUUUAACUGGGAUAAAGACUGCCAUUCAACAAUAGACAACUAUCAACAAAUACUAAAUAAAAAAAAUGAACCAGAACCAGAAUUAAAAUCAAAAAUAGAAAAAGAAAAAGAAAGAAUUUUACAUUUUAUCCAAAAUAAGAAUGCCCUCUAUUUGGUUAGUUGCGGUUUUAUUAAAGAGGCAAUAGAAAUUGUUAAUUCAACUGAUUCAACACAGCAUGUAGAUUAUUUUUUUAAUUUUAUUGACAUUAGAACUCUAUUAGAAAUCUAUGACAAUACACAAGAUACAAUAGCAAUUUUGAAUUAUAAAAAAGAUUUAUAUUUAAACAUAGACACCAACUUUAAUAGUAUUGUAGAAUAUUCAAUUAAAACAUGCAGAUUCGAUAUUUACAACUAUUUAAUAACACUAAAAACUCCAUUGAUUCUUCUAACUUUGAAACUUGAGGCGGAUGGUUAUUUGGAAGAAAAUAAUUUAGCAACUAUUCAAUUCUUUUUAGAUCAAUACAUAAACAAUAAAAAAGGAUGUAAUAAGCCAACCGAGAACUUACAGAAACUAAUAACAGCAAUAUACAACAAAAACAAUAAUAUCAAUAGAUCAUAUGAAAUUUCAAACUUUUUAUUAACAACUUAUCCAGACUAUAUAGAAAGAAAAUAA